UUGGAGGAAAGUUUGGGAUUUGUAGAACCUGGGGAGGUGCAGGAGGAGGAGGAGGAGGGAAGAAGAAGAAGAAUCGAAAAGGAGGAAAAGAGGAAGUGAAGGAAAAAGAGAGGAGGGAUUUACGUUCAGAGAAGUUUGACACGAAUGCACAACGCAGGCUGAGCUGGGAAUAACAGAGGAAGAGUGCGUGCCAGUGCGGGAUAAAUCAGGCUCGAGUUUAGGUGUGCCACCAGGCUGGACUUUGAAGUUUUUAUUUCUGGAAAAAGCAUCAAAUCCCUGGAGCUGCUCGCUUCCCUGCACCACAGUAACAGCAGCGGUCGGCUCAUGCAUGCAGGGCUUUUCGCUCGGACUUUGGCUCACGGAUGGUCCCACUUGGAGGAGGCUGGAUCUGCACUUUUUUUAAUUGUGUCGCCACCGCGGUCCUCCUGCGCUGGUGCACGCCCGGGCAGGGAGCGUCUCCGGCGGGGAAGUAGAGCAGGGAGAGUCGGCGGCGUCCCGGAGCCUGUCUCUCGGGUUGUCUCAGUUUAACCCGGGACUCCUGGGGAACUUGGUGUCGUCGUGGAGGGAUUUUCUUGAGCCGUGACUUGGAGCGGUGACAGCGGGCUUUAACUGGCGGAAUAAUCAAUAAAAACCGUCCUGUGCGAGGAGUGCAUGAGGCUAACACAACACUAGCUCCAUACCGAGCCGAGCCAGACCAAACCAUGCCAGUAAGGAAGAAAGAUGCACAGCGAGCCCUGCUGCUGCUGGAGGAGUACCGGGCCAAGCUGCACCACGCCGAGGACCGGCAGCUCCGACACUCCAUCCAGAGGGUCAUCGACAUCUUCCAGAGCAACCUCUUCCAGGCCCUCAUAGAUAUCCAGGAAUUUUACGAAGUGACCUUAUUGGACAGUCAGAGAUGGGCGGAGUCUUCCAAGGCAGCGGACCCGAUGACGCCCGUCAACCUGUGGGACUUCUCCAGCCUUCAAAGCACAACGGUGACCUCGGACACUCUGCCCAGCCUUAGCACCAGCAUCGAGAAGUACCGGCACCACGAUGAGGACUCGUCCCCCCAGGAACAGAGCUCACCUCAGCUGACGGAGGAGGCCGGGGGGGCGGAGCUUGUCCAGGUAGCAGAGAAGAACCUGUCCCAGAUCGAGAAUGUGCACGGAUACGUCACCCACGCUCACAUCUCUCCGAUGAAGGUAGCGUCUCUGGAGUGUAUCUAUGACGGACAGCACCUCCCGGAGCUCCCCUCCCCCACGCCUUCCACCCUCUACCCCCACGGAGAGGACAGCCCCCUCCCCUCCUGCUCCUCCAACCCUUACCCCCCAAUCCAGGCCAACCCUCCGCCCGUGGUGGUCAACACAGACAGCCUGGACACACCUCCAUAUGUGAACGGGACGGAGGCUGACUAUGAGUACGAGGAGAUCACACUGGAGAGGGGGAACUCGGGGCUGGGCUUCAGCAUCGCCGGCGGGACAGAUAACCCCCACAUCGGUGACGACCCCAGCAUCUUCAUCACCAAAGUCAUACCUGGAGGAGCGGCUGCACAGGACGGACGGCUCAGGGUGAACGAUGUGAUCCUGAGAGUGAACGAGGUCGACGUCCGGGAUGUGACCCACAGCCGAGCCGUGGAGGCUCUGAAGGAGGCAGGCUCUCUGGUCCGGCUCUACGUCCGCAGGAGGAAACCGGUGUCUGAGAAAGUCAUGGAGAUCAAGCUGGUGAAAGGACCCAAAGGUCUGGGCUUCAGUAUAGCAGGCGGAGUGGGGAACCAGCACAUCCCUGGUGACAACAGCAUUUAUGUCACAAAGAUCAUCGAAGGAGGCGCCGCACAUAAAGACGGGAGGCUGCAGAUCGGAGACAAACUGCUGGCUGUGAACAGUGCUUGCCUGGAGGAGGUGAGCCACGAACACGCCGUCACUGCCUUGAAAAACACUCCUGACGUGGUCUACUUGAAAGUGGCUAAACCCAACAGUGUCUUCAUGAACGACAGCUUCGCCCCGCCCGACCUCACCAACUCGUACUCCCAGCACAUGGAGAACCAUAUCAGCCCCCCCAACUUCCUGGGUCAGCCCCUCCCCCCACCAGCCUCCUCGGGACGCUACUCCCCGACGCCGAAGAGCAUGCUGGGAGACGAUGAUGUCACACGGGAGCCCAGGAAGGUGGUGCUGCACAGAGGAGCGACCGGUCUGGGCUUCAACAUCGUGGGCGGAGAGGACGGAGAGGGGAUCUUCAUCUCCUUCAUCCUGGCAGGAGGACCGGCUGACCUCUGUGGCGAGCUGAGGAAAGGAGACAGGCUGGUGUCUGUAAACGGGGUGGAUCUCCGAAAUGCCACACACGAACAGGCUGCAGCCGCCCUGAAGAACGCCGGGCAGACGGUGACCAUCAUCGCCCACUACAGGCCGGAGGAGUACAGCCGGUUUGAGGCGAAGAUUCACGACCUGAGGGAGCAGAUGAUGAACAGCAGCAUCAGUUCAGGAUCAGGAUCUUUACGGACGAGUCAGAAGAGGUCGCUUUACGUCAGAGCUCUGUUUGACUACGAUAAGACUCGAGACUCGGGUCUGCCGAGUCAGGGCCUCAACUUUAAGUUUGGGGACAUCCUUCACGUGGUGAACGCCUCUGAUGACGAGUGGUGGCAGGCCCGACAGCUGACGUCUCAGGGCGAGGUGGAGGAGGUCGGGGUGAUCCCCAGCAAGAGACGGGUGGAGAAGAAAGAGCGAGCAAGGUUAAAGACGGUGAAGUUCAACGCAAAGUCACGAGACAGAGGGCAGUCCCUCAAUGACAAGCGUAAAAAGAACCUCUUUUCCCGAAAGUUUCCCUUCUACAAGAGCAAAGAGGCGAGCGAGCAGGAGACCAGCGAUGUCGACCAACAUGUGACAUCUAACGCCAGCGAUAGCGAAAGUAGUUACCGUGGACAGGAGGAGUACGUUCUGUCAUAUGAGCCCGUCAUCCAGCAGGAAGUGAACUACACCCGCCCUGUCAUCAUCCUCGGCCCCAUGAAGGAUCGAAUCAACGACGACUUGAUCUCCGAGUUCCCCGACAAGUUUGGAUCCUGCGUCCCGCAUACGACCCGACCGAAGCGGGACUACGAGGUGGACGGCAGAGAUUAUCACUUUGUGAUUUCCAGAGAACAGAUGGAGAAGGACAUCCAGGACCACAAGUUCAUCGAGGCGGGGCAGUACAACAACCACCUGUACGGAACCAGCGUCCAGUCGGUUCGAGAGGUCGCAGAGAAGGGUAAACACUGCAUCCUGGACGUGUCGGGGAACGCCAUCAAGAGACUCCAGCUCGCUCAGCUCCACCCCAUCGCCAUAUUUGUCAAACCCAAAUCUGUGGAGAACAUCAUGGAGAUGAACAAGCGUCUGACGGAGGAGCAGGGCAGGAAAACCUUCGACAGAGCCACCAAGCUAGAGCAGGAGUUCACCGAGCAUUUCACAGCCAUCGUUCAGGGCGACACUCUGGAGGAGAUCUACGAUCAGGUGAAGCAGAUCAUCGAGGAGCAGUCGGGUCCGUUCAUCUGGGUUCAGUCCAAGGAGAAGUUAUGAGGAUCGACGCUCUGUCUGCGCCAUCGCUCCUUAGAUCGCUUUUAUUUUGAAAAGAAAAGUCAACUGCAGACAGCUGUUGCCCCCACCACCUCCUCCUCUUCCUCACCCCUCCGACCUUCCUCACCACCCCCCCGAUCAAUGACACGACAGCGGCUGAGCGGAGCGUUGUUUUCUUUUCUAUCUUUGCCUGAAUCGGACUCCAUGUUGGGUUUCCUGACCAGCAGAGUAAAGCACACAGGAAGUGACAUCACACUCGACACGGUACGGCUCCUUAAUGUUUAAGGGAGGAGAACUAAAGAGGAGGAGAAGAAGAAACGUACGAUUUUAUCUAUUUUUUGUUUGUGGGUUUUUUUCCCCCUUUUUUUGUCUUGUAAGGCGAGCGACAAAGGACGGAUGGAGUUUCAGUCUCAGGCAGCGUCUGAGGAUGGCGGAGUCACAAAAAGCAGAACUUUGCACGUUUGAGCUUUAACAGCAUGUCAUUAAAUGCCCCGUUUAUUUCCCAUCAACCCCUGCACCUCAGCGUCUGAUGUCACAGCUUUUCUUCUUCAGUUCUGCGCUCAUUUCAUCAUUUUCUGUUUUUUUUUUUUUGUUUGUUUGUUUGUUUUUUACACUUGAGUCAAUUUGAGUCUUUUGCUCCUCGCUGCUGCAGGAUGUUUGUCAGGACGCUCUGCAGGGUUCUGCUCGGCUGCUAGGGGGCGCUGUGUGUUUUUAACAGCUAAUGCUUUUAAUUGUUGGAUUUUAUGGAUUCAGCUUAACGAGGUCUAAUUUUACCUGAUCAAACAAGCCAGGAAUAAUCGGUUUCUCUGAUUUAUCGCUGAAUAUUUCACAUUUUUAAGGUCACAGCAUUGAUUAUUCUGCAAAAACAUGGUCUAGUCAAGUCUUUAAUUUCUUUCAAACAAAAAAAGAAUAUUUCAACCUGGUUUUAACCUGUCAGAAAAGUCCAAACAGAGAAGGAAAAUCUGCAGAUGCUUUUCUUUAAAAACCUGCAAUCAUCAGGAUGUAAUAACGAUCAACAAACAUGACUGUUUAUCUUGUCUAAUGAGGAAAAAUCACCUGAUUUAAUAUUUUAAAGUCCGCUUAACAAAAAGCAUGCCUUUAUUCAUGUCCAUCCAGUCUUGCUCACUGAUGGGAACUGUGGUUGUUUUUAAAGAUCUGGAUUUUUUGUCCCAGCUCAGAAUUAAGAGCCGGUCUUACGGCUCCUGAACAGCUCUUUGUUUGGCACCAUUUUGGCAUUUUUAUGUCUUUAAAACAUCAACAGAGUUUAAGAUAACCGUCUCUUAAAUGAGAGCCAGCUCCUAGAACAAGCUCAUCCCUGAAUGACACAUCAGAACUCCCUCACGAGCAGUGUUGGGGGUAUAGAGUAAUUUGGUAAAGCAGUGGUUCCCAAAGUGGGGUCCGGACCCCCAUGAGGGGCCGGAGGAGGCCUUCUUUAAAACAAAGAACAUUUUUAGAUGAUUUAAAAUAGUAUAUUUUACCCAUUAGAGUAAAAAUAUAUGCAUAGAAUUAGUUUAUUUAAAAUAAAACAGUAGACAUUAGGAGAGAUUUAUACUGAAAUCAAAGGAAUGUUUUAAAAAAUCCUUAAAAUUUAAGUCCUGAUUAUUCCUGAAUGUGCUAAUCUGUGUGGGACUCUUACUGAUCCACUUUUAGAGAUGGGGGGUCCUCAGGUCUGGCACUGCGUUAGAGUACUCAGAUUACUUUUUUGUAAUGUAACUAGUUUUUUAGUUACCUUUUUUUAAUAAAAGUAAUCCAUUACUGACAGAAAAAGCCACUAUUUCCUCUCUUCUAUGGCCACAAAAAAGAGCCAUAUAAAGGAGCUAUCCACGUUCUGUUCCUUCUUCCCCGUCGUCGGUAGGUAGCGGCGUGCUGGCGGGAGGUAAACACAGCUGUGUCAGCGUGUCACUAGCUUGUUGAACCAGUGAGAUGGCAGAGAGAACAGCGUUAAACUCUGGAAUUAUCCACAUUAUUUUAGACUUUUGGAUGAAAGACGAGCAGAAUCAUGGUGAAACGUAUGUUUAAAAGCUGGAUUAUUACGUAGAGCGUUGGCGUGAUUCUCCAUGCCUCUGCCCAGUUUGAUUGACAGCUGACAGGUGGAACCAGAGCUUUGAACAUUUGGUAACGUGAAUGUACUCCAGCACCUUAGUUUCCUCAGUAACAGGAAUCCAAUAAUCCCUGAUAUAGUUUGUGUGUGAAACAUCAGCGUGUCCUUUAAAAGCAUGUUAAUGACAACAUGAGGGAGAAAAGCGGUUAAAGAGGCACCGCUAGCCUCUUACGUUGUGGCCACUGAGUUCUGAUAUCAGGUCAUCACUCUAAAUGCAGACAACGGACUAAAGUGGAGGCAGUUCAGCUUUUUUAACACUAAAACUCUCUGAUUUAAACUCUAAUUUUGUCAUUUGUCUUUCUCACAAAUAAAGUUUUUUCUAGAAGAGGAAAGAGCGCCUUUUAAUGGUGGCGACAUUGAAGUCAGACAACCACGGCGUGGGUCCCUUACAGCCUCAUUUUAGCUUAGACUUUCAUCAUGGAGGUUUGUGCUUCAAAAAUAAAACUAGAUUCAUAACAUUUUAUGCAAUAAUCCAACAAACCAUGGCCUUUCUGUGGCUGAAACCUGCGCUGUGCUAACCUCCUAGUCCACCAGCAGAAAUUCGUCACUCUGCAGCCCGUUUGCUCACUCGUAAGGAUUUUUUAAAAACACGUCAUUUGAAGAACAAAAUGUUAAAGAAAGUCUCCUUAAAAUCAGGAGUAAGAAUUCAGUUUGUUUUACUGAAAACGUUCCUCAUGUUAAAGAAAAGCGUCUCAUUCAGAAGUCUCAUUAGGACUUUUAUUUUGAAAUCUGCAGAUUUUCCUUCCUCUACUGAAUCCUAUUGAAAUUGUCUCCCCGUCAGCGCCGUGACGUGAUCAGACUUGUUUUAAUCUGCGUGUUCUUCAUCAUCAUCGUCAUCAUCAUGAGUGUGUGUUUGGUGUCUGAGUGAGCGGCGCCCUCAGCGACGCCAGUUCGAACCCCGUCAGACGCGCGGUGGACGUCCGUCAGCGUCGUCAGUGUCUUACCAUGAAAACGAUGUCGGUGGUGUGAUUCUGACGUGGAGACGAGCCGCCAUCGCCGCCUCCACGCAGACGAUUAUUGUACAAUGAGAUUUUGAGAUAUUUAACCCUGGGUAAACUGCCUAUUUUGUUAUAAUAAAGUCUAUAUUGAACUUUACGUAAGCACUACUACUACGGAGUUAUUUUCUCUGCAUUCUUAAUCAUAUAUGAAUAGAAAGUAUAAAGAUAUUUGAAUAUGAAUAUAUAUUUUUUCUUUUUCUUUGAUCACCACCUCCUCUGUCUUUUAAUUUUCUUUUUUAAGCAUAAUAAAAACUUAACAAGAAAACA